AUGGUAUCAGCCUUGACAGGCACAUUGAUCAAGUGUGAUCCCCCGACAAUGGAAAUAAUUAAGCAAAUAAACGAGAGCAAGCACUUUAUAAUUGAACAAAUAGACGAAGGCGUAGCCCUGUGUAAAGAUCCAGUCAUUCACUUCCUUAAGGACGAGGUGACUAGGAGACUUGAGAUCGCGGAAUGUUUCGUUCCUUCCGACGCUAAAAACCAGGAAUCUGCCGCCAGUCCUUCUAAGGCAUCUGAGUAG